AUGACUGCAGCUGGGUUAACAACUUACUUUCAUCCUGGAAUAAAUCUGAAGAAAAUCCAUUACUACAGCAUCAAACUCUAUGAAAAAUUGGAGGAGGAAACUGGGCAGGCUGUGGGAUUUCAUCAGCCAGGCAGCAUCAGAAUUGCUUCCACCCCUACUAGAGUGGAUGAAUUCAAGUACCAAAUGACGCGAGCUCGUUGGCAUCCAACAGAGCAGUAUCUUAUUGGGCCUGAGAGAAUACAAGAGCUGUUUCCCAUAUUGAACAUGGAAAAGGUUUUAGCUGGCCUGUAUAACCCUGGAGAUGGUCAUAUUGAUCCCUAUUCUCUCACUAUGGCCUUGGCUGCAGGAGCCAGGAAAUAUGGUGCCCUAUUAAAUUACCCAGUCCAAGUGACAAAUCUGAGCCCUAGAUCAGAUGGGACCUGGGAAGUUGAAACUCCACAUGGAAUAAUUAGAACAAACAGAAUUGUGAAUACAGCAGAUGUGAAACUGCAUUCCCAUAUCCCUGAAGGGGAAGAUUUUUACUGUUUGACUGGCUUCUGGGCUCGUGAAAUAGGCACAAUGAUUGGACUGCACCAUCCUCUCAUACCUGUUCAUCAUCAGUAUGUUGUCACAUCAACUAUCCCUGAAGUGAAAGCCCUGAAAAUGGAAUUGCCUGUGCUUCGUGACUUAGAAGGAUCAUAUUAUCUAAGACAGGAAAGGGAUGGGCUUUUAUUUGGUCCAUAUGAAAGUCAGGAGAAAAUGAAACUACAGGAGUCAUGGGUAACAAAUGGAGUCCCACCAGGUUUUGGAAAGGAACUUUUUGAGUCUGAUUUAGACAGAAUAAUGGAUCAUAUUGAGGCUGCAAUGGCAAUGGUGCCAGUCCUGAAACAAGCAGACAUCAUUAACACAGUUGCUGGUCCUAUCACAUAUUCUCCAGACAUUCUUCCUAUGGUGGGACCGCAUCAGGGUGUCAGAAAUUACUGGGUAGCAAUUGGCUUUGGAUAUGGCAUUAUCCAUGCUGGAGGUGUCGGAAAGUAUCUCAGUGAUUGGAUUCUAGGUGGGGAGCCUCCUUUUGACCUGAUAGAAUUAGAUCCCAAUCGCUAUGGAAAAUGGUCCACCACCCAAUAUACAGCAACAAAAGCAAGAGAGUCUUAUGGAUUUAACAACAUUGUUGGUUAUCCUAAAGAAGAAAGGUUUGCUGCCAGACCUACAGAGAGAGUCAGUGGGCUUUAUGAAGUGCUUAAAUCUAAAUGCUCAAUGGGUUUCCAUGCAGGAUGGGAGCAACCUCAUUGGUUCUACAAGCCUGGAGAUGAGAUUGGAUACAAACCCAGUUUUCGGCGCACAAACUGGUUUGAACCUGUGGGUCGUGAAUAUAAGCAGGUUAUGGAAAAAGUUGGUGUGAUUGACCUGACACCAUUUGGCAAGUUUAUUGUCAAAGGGAAUGAUUCAGUUAAACUGUUGGAUCACCUGUUUGCAAAUGUCAUUCCAAAGGUGGGUGCUACAAAUAUAAGUCACAUGUUAACACCGAGAGGCCAAGUCUAUGCUGAGCUAACCGUCUCUCACCUAUCUCCAGGGGAGUUUUUGCUGGUAACUGGUUCUGGGUCAGAGCUCCAUGAUCUGAGAUGGAUAGAAGAGGAGGCACUGAAGGGUGGCUACAAUGUUGAGAUUAAAAACAUUACAGAUGAGAUGGGAGUACUUGGCAUAGCAGGUCCAUUUGCACGAAAGGUUCUCCAGAAACUGACCAUUGAGGAUCUUAGCGAUUCUGCAUUUAAAUUUCUUCAGUCCAGACAUAUUAAACUUUCUGAUAUUGCUGCUACUGCUAUUAGGAUAUCCUAUUCAGGUGAACUGGGUUGGGAACUCUACCACAGAAAAGAAGAUUCUGCAACUCUGUACAAUGUUAUCAUGGAAGCAGGCCAGGAAGAAGGAAUCGAUGACUUUGGAACUUAUGCUCUGAAUGCCUUAAGGCUGGAAAAAGCUUUCCGGGCCUGGGGAGCAGAGGUUUGA